UCGCGGUGGAGCGAAGCGCGCGCGCACUUGAAUGCGCGACGUAACGUAGCGCGCACGCGCGGAACUUGAGUCGAAGGAACGUACUUCGCGAUCAAAAUGAUGCUCGCCGGCGCGCAGAUUGUUGACGAAAGUAGUGUAGCGUAUACAUCCGGGAAAUCUGGGAAUACCGAGACUAGUGCCGCGAUGCCUCCCGAACAAGGUUCAUCCCGGGAAGCACAGUCCGUUGACUGGAACCCUGCGUCUGCGCAGGGUCUUCACAUGGUCCCCAAAGUUGAUCCAGUGGACAUACAUUUCAGCAAUAUCACAUGCACAGUCAAAUUGGGAAUAAAUAAAGGUAGCAAACAAAUUCUCCACGGAGUCAAUGGCAGACUUCGUCCUCGUCAGCUUAUCGCCAUCAUGGGACCUUCAGGAGCUGGAAAGUCUACGCUCCUGGAUGUACUGUCUGGGUACCGCAUCACCGGCGUUGGAGGAGCAGUCUUCAUUAAUGGCAGAGGAAGGAUAAUGAAGAGGUUCAAGAGGAUGUCAUGUUACAUCCAGCAAGACGACCGGCUCCAGGGUCUAUUGACAGUGGGAGAAAACAUGGCCUUGGCAGCCGAUCUGAAGCUGCCCACCAAGUUAGACAAAUAUGAGAAGGGAGAAGUUAUUGAGGAUAUUCUAACAAACCUGGGUCUGUACGAGCAUAUGAACACAAGAGGUGCCCAGCUCUCUGGAGGUCAGAGAAAGAGGCUGUCCAUUGCUCUGGAGCUGAUCAACAAUCCUCUCAUCAUAGGUCUAGACAGUUCAUCAUGUACACAAGUAGUCCAGCUCUGCCAAACCUUGGCUCACCAGGGUCGAACCAUCAUAUGUACCGUACACCAACCUUCAGCAUCACUGUUCGCACUCUUUGACCAGGUGUAUGUCCUGGCUGCAGGUCGUUGCAUGUAUCAGGGUACCACGAAGAACUUAGUACCUUAUUUGCAACAAGCUGGGAUCCCUUGUCCCAAAUACCAUAAUCCUGCUGAUUAUAUAAUCGAGCUCUCAUGUGGUGAAUACGGCCAAGACAAAAUAGACCUUAUGGCAAACAAGUCAGAGAAUGGCAAAGCGCUGGACUGGUUUGAUGACCACCAGUCUAUCCCCUCUAUGGAAGGUCUACGUAAACUGGUGCCACUCAGUGUGUUGAGAGAUACAGAACCUACAGGAGGAGAUGAGGAAACCAUCCCUAAUGAGAUGUCGAUAUUGUCCAAAGAACACUUCAACAGAUGGUACUCCUUGGGAUCAUAUUACAUAUCAAUAACAAUUGUCGAUCUACCUAUAUCGAUAGUAGGCUGCGCAGUGUUCAGUGUGAUAGUGUACACGAUGUCGUCUCAGCCGCUGGAGAUCGCGAGGUUUUCAAUGUUUUUCGCGAUCUCGCUGUACACCGUGCUGGUGGCGCAGAGCUUUGGGCUCAUGAUCGGCGCCGUCUUCAGCGUUGUCGAACACUCUUAGAAAACGGCACAUUCUUAGGCCCAACACUGUCAGUACCAAUGAUGAUGUUCGCUGGUUUCGGAGUCACCCUUCGGGACCUGCCAUCAUACUUGCGCUGGGGAUCCUACAUCUCUUACCUGAGAUACGGACUUGAAGGAUUCAUUGGCGCCAUCUAUGGACUGGGUAGACCUAUCCUCGACUGCGAGUCUUUGUACUGUCAUUACAAACAUCCCCGUACAUUCUUAAACGAGGUGGCGAUGUCUCCCGAUGAGUUCUGGUGGGAUGUGUUGGCGCUCUCCGUGUUCGUGGUGACCCUCAGGAUUGCAGCCUUCGUCCUACUGAAGUGGAAACUGGAUGCCGUACGAUAAAUGUGAAUAAUUGUAACUGUAGGUAGAGUAAAGACGGUUCACUCGUAAGUCAUUAUUCGCGAAGAAGAAAUGAUUAAUAAUAGGGCAGUUUCCUUCAAUUGUAAAAAGAAAUAUUUUAACAAAUAUGAGUGCA